GAAUGCCUUUAAAUGGGCUCGUAGGUUAUCUUAGUUUUCAUCACCUCAUCAGAGGCGCACGGUUUUUCUAAAUAUUGCAGGAUGAGCCCGCUCCUUUGUUUUCAGGUGUUAAUCUUGACCAUAAGCACGGCUACGCAAAUAGUGGCCUACCAAGAUGCCGUGAGCUCUGUGUGCCUUGGAAAUGUGUUGCGAGUGAGUGUGGACGGCUCAAUUUUGGCGGGGAAAUCUGCUCGAGUGGAUGCUCUCAAUGGCAGUGAUGUUAUCCCAAUCACCCCUUUCCUGGCUACUCAGUGUGGAUACAGCAUGACCUCAGAUCCUUGGGGCAAUACCCUGCUUUAUGCUUCUCUCCAGCAUUGUUAUGUUCAAUCCAGGGGGGAUGGGACGUUUGACACACAUCUACAGCUCACAACAUAUGGAAAAGACUCGGGUAGAGUCCACACUGUGUCCCAGUCAUGCAGCUACUCACAGCUGGCCUUUCGUGAAAUUCUCUGCACCAACAACUAUAUGGAGGUCUCUGUGGAGCAUGGUCUUCCAACCUCUGAGCAAUUGAAACGGAUGACCUCCAGUGUGAAACGGAUGACCUCCAGUGUAAAAGAUGUCACCUCGUCUGAAUCAGUCCCUGCGGUGACCUUCAGACUCGAGAAGGUGGUGAUCUACACACCUGCAGAGAAGGCUUUCACUCCAAUGGAACUCCACAGGCUAGGCUAUGGACUCUAUACUUAUCCAGUUCGCCUGCUGAUAAGAAGCCCAUACGACACAACAGCGACACAUUCCCAAGAUGUGGCUGGAGUUCCCAUGGCAAUUAUGACGAGCUCUCUGGUCUACAAGCACCGCUGGAUGGUGUCACUGGUAAAAGCAGCAGCUGCAUGCCCCACUGGUGGCGUGUCUUUCACUGAGGAUCUGCUUAUCUGGCGUCUGCCUCGACACAUCACCCCACUGCUGUCCUCCUCUUCCUGUGAGACUCUUGAGGCGUACAUGGGGAUUGAUGGUCAGCGGAUGGAUGAGGCCACCAUGAUUGCCCAGGGCUACUCUUUCUAUGUCACAGACACUCACUUUGUGGUGGAGAUGCCGAUAGGGUCUCCUUAUGGAUACUACAAGAGCCAUGUCCAUGAAGGGCGAUACCACACUACCUACUCUAUUGUGCCGAUGAUUGAGCUGCUGUGGAGGGAGAUGGGUGGUUCAGAUGAGACCAGAUACAAAGUCCUCUUCCCCAUCAGCACUCCACCCAUCCCCAGGCCACCACAUGUCCAGAACUACACUGUUCCAGAGGAAGGCAUGUUCAAGAUUGUUUUCGGCACAUUCCUGCCGGAUGUGGAGCUGAUUAACAUCACCACUGACUCUGCCGUGAUGACUCUAGCUGAAGCCACAGCCAAUGGUUUUGACAUCCAAGAGCAUGUCUUUCCUAAUGGCUCUAAAGCUUUCAGACUACAAGUGCCCUUCUCUCAUCCAACAGCCGUUAAAGGGAAUCCCAAUGUUAAGACGACGACCUACGGACUGCACAUAGUGUUUGGCUUUCUCAUUCAACCUGAGCAGACCACGUUUUCUUAUUCCUCCGUUUUGGAAGCUGCAGUGGAUGAUACUGAUCUGGCAUCUGUAACUGGCUCAUGUGAUCAGAUGAACGUCUACAUCACUGUUCAGUAUGGAAGCCAAGGCCAUAACUUUGAGACGGUGGUUGGUGGCAGUCUGCUGACCGCUGAGCUGGCCCAACAGUACAGCUUCAAUGAGAAUGGAACCCAUUUCACUUUAACGCUUCCCUUUGGGUCUCCUGACAUCGCCAUUGAGGCGGUCCACUCUUCGAAUGUGAAGGGCAGACUUGAUGUGGCUCUGCAAAACCCAGAGAGGACCUCGAUCAUCACCUAUUUCUCCCUGGCCUGUUCCUUCAUCAUCUCAAUCCUUGAUUGCAGUCCAAAUGGGACCAUUGGGGCACUUGCUGUUAAACUUGAUACUGUGCCCAGCCUCAACCCUGGACAGCUGAGUCUGAACGAUCCCUCAUGUGGGCCUUCCUUCAGUGAUGAUCGCUUUGCUUUUUUCUACUUCCGUGUAGACACUUGUGGGACCACUAGAGCGUUUAAAGAUGAUGUGAUGGUGUAUGAGAACAUGGCCUCCUUGAAAAAUGAUCAAAAUAUCAAGACUCAAUCGACAACCAACGAGGAGCCGAAAUAUCAAUUUGUGUUCUCCUGCAUCUACUCUGUGAAUGCCACUAAAGCUUAUUCCACCAUGCCGCAAUCCACUGCACCAGUGGCCGAGGCCGGAGUGGGAGCUUUCACAGUUCAAAUGAGUCUUGCUCAAGUGCUCCCUGUCAUAACUGGAACUUGUGAUGACGAAAGCUACUAUGUCACCGUGGCCUAUGGAAGUCAUGGCAGUGACUUUAAAACCAUUGUGGGCAAGCGGGAGCUGACCUCUGACCUAGCAACGAAGUACAAUGUCCGUGAGAAUGCUACACACAUGACCAUGAGUGUGCCCUUCCUCUCAUCUGAUGCUGUAUUUACGUUUGUACUUUCAUCUGCUGCUGGGGGUCGGCUGGACUUGAAGGUCAUCGACCCACUCAAUAAUUGGAGCCUCAACAACUUCUCUCUGGCCUGUACCUUUCCUAUGCCUCUGACUGAGUGUCACCCUAAUGGCACAAUGAUUGUCCUGGCCCUGAAGGUUGAGUCGGUGCCUAAUCUUAUUCUCAGUCAGCUCACCCUAAAGGACCCAUCGUGCAAACCCAUGUUCAGCAGCGAUCAAUUUGCCUCCUUCUCUUUCCCUGUUAACAGCUGCGGAACAACCCGAACAUUCUUGGAUGGCUUCAUGGUCUAUCAGAAUGAGAUCACCAUGUCUAAGCAAGGAGGUGUGAAGAAUGUCAAGACCACUUCCCACCCAGAGUACCGACUCACCAUCUCCUGUUACUAUGAGAACGAUGACUUCAAGAUGCUGCAGUUUCUCCCAGAGGAUCGCUCCUUUGACCGCCCUCCCCAGCCUGCCUUUGGGGAGAUGAGGGUCCGCAUGAGGCUGGCAACUGAUGUGUCCUACAACACGUUUUACACCGAAGAGGAUUAUCCUGUGGUGGAGGCCUUGAGGCGUCCCCUUUACUUUGAGGUUGAGUUGUUAGAGUCCACAGAUCCACAACUUGUGCUGUUCCUGGAGAGCUGCUGGGCAACCCUGGAAAAGGAGAGGCUGUCCACGCCACGAUGGGACAUCAUUGUUGAUGGGUGUGCAAACCACGAUGAUCGUUAUUUACCAAGCAUUCAUCCUGUAACUGCUGAUGGCAGAGUCCAGUUCCCUUCCCACUUCAAACGCUUUGACAUGAAGAUGUUUGCUUUUGUCCAAGAUAAUGUGGUGCUUAAAGACCAGAUUUUCAUUCACUGUGACACUGCCAUCUGUGACGACAACAAACAAAGUGAUGGACUCUGCUAUAGACGAUGUCCUAGUUCCCCUGAAAAUGUCAAUGAGCUGAGCAGCGUUAAGAGCAGCCAAAGCAGUGCAAAGUAUUCUCCCAAGUCAAGAGCACAGCUCUCUUCAGGUCGCAUCAUGCUGUCAUCGUGACACAACCUUGUUAUACAAAUAAAAGGAUUGUUUUAAAAACAAA